CUUGAUGUCAUCUCAGAGGCCCUUCCCAACCCGGCUGAUUCUAUGAUUCUGUGAAAACAAAGUGGGAGGGCACAAAUGGACAUAGCUAAUAAAACCGCUGCUCAGCACAGUGGUGUCUCUCCUGGGCCAGCAAGAGACUGGGCGCUGUUCAGCUGCAGCUGUUGAUGAAAGGGAAAUGGGCCCUCAGGGGAAGUGUCGAGAGUCACACCCAUUUUAUCUGUUCCCGGUUGGCCAAAUAUUGUUGACAGUAGUCAUAAUGAAACCUCAGUUAGUGGCAAUACAAGAAUUGCCAACGCUACAAUAGCAAGCAACUCUUGAAAAAAAUGGUUUCUAGUAUGUUGUUUAGUGGGAAAGUGUCAGUGGAAUUGAAACAUUUCAUUCCGUCUUUUGCUAUUUCCCAUCUAGUGUUUUGCUAUCGCCAGUGGAAGGGACUAGAACUGGUAACACCUUUUCUUGCUCUGCCUGGUUGUUGACAUGUUCCUUUUCUAUGUAGCUAUAAGAGUUUCCAGUUUUUCCCAUUUGGCUAACUACCUUUCUAAAUAUUCAAAAGCUCCAGUAAUACGCAAAUUAGUUGGAAGAAAAGUUCUCGAUGGAGUUGGUCAGCCAACAUUAGAAGUGGAAAUAUACUGUACAGUUAAAAACUAUGAGAAGAGGAUUUGUUCCACUGUAAUGUCUUGCCAUUCUCAAAUACCUGAAAAUGCUUUACCUGAAAAAAUUGAAGCUGAUGAAAAAGAAAGAAAUGACUCUGUUAAUACUGCUGUGGACUGGGUCAAUGAGUCACUCAACACAAUGCUGAGGGACUUGGAGCCUGCUGACCAGUGUCAAGUUGAUAAGAUGCUUGGUGAAUACUUUACAAACAAGGUAGAAGAAAAAAAGAAAAUUCAAAGGCAAGAAGAAGAAGAAGAAGAAGAAGCAGAAGCCACUCUUGCCCUUCCUCCACGGACUCCAUCCCCAGCAACACCACCUGGGAAAAAAAAAUCAGCAAAACCAGGAAAGAAGUCAUCAGUGGCAGAGAGACCCAUCCCCCCUGCAGAACCUGCUGAGCCCGUGCUGUGUGGCAGCUUGGCCAUUGGGGGAACAUCCCUUGCCAUAGCAAAGGCUGGGGCCACCAUCAGCCACAUCCCGCUGUACUCUCAUAUUGCACUGCUGAAACAUGAGCAGUCCCAAUUACAGGAGUCACCUGAAGAAAUGACUCUACCACUCCCAAUGGUUACUCUGCUGAACUGUGAAAAAAUGUCACCUUCAAAGCUGAAAUUAGUGAAAGAAGUUAUGGUUAUACCACCAGUUCAGUUGUCACUCAAACAGGGCAUAGAAAGAGUUCUGGAUAUUCAGAAGGAAAUGACAAGACUGUUGGAGUCUCCAGGCAAAAUGCCUGGUCCUCAACCAGCAGACGGUAAAAAAGGAAGAGCACAAAAUUCAGGGAAGAAAAGUCUGCCACAGUUCUUAAAAAGAAUAUCACACUUAGGUUGCCUAACAACAGGAUAUGAUGAUGUAGAACAACUGCUACUCGUUAUGCAAACAGCUUGCAGCAACAUAGGUCUGGAGCUAGGAACAGAUGUGUACUUAGCAAUAAAUUGUGCUGCUCAUGAAUUAAUGGAUUAUGACAAAGGAAAAUAUGAAAUACUGACUGGAACUUUUAAAAGCCCUGAUGAAAUGGUUGCUAUGUAUGGAGAACUGAUUGAUAAAUUUCCUUUUAUUAUUGCAUUAAUAGAUCCCUUAAGAAAAGAGGACAGAGAACAAUGGAGUAACAUCUGUUGUGCCCUUGGUUCCAAAUGUUACCUGAUUGCUGAAGAUGCUGCCACAUGUAUUUCCAAACUUAAAACUGACCAAACCAUAAACACACCAGUGUGCAGUGGUGUCGUCCUGAAAUAUGUUAACGAGACCAAGGUAUCAGACCUCAUAGAACUUACUGGAAUUCUCGAUGGUCAGAGACAUAUUACCAUAUUAGGAAGCCCAGAUGGAGAAUCUUCUGAUGACAGCCUCGUGGAUCUGGCCGUUGGACUGGGUGCCAGGUUUAUCAAGUUGGGAGGUCUUUCCCGCGGAGAAAGGGUGACCAAAUACAACCGCCUUCUGGCUAUAGAGGAAGAACUGGCCAAGAAUAGAAAUCUACGUGAAAGAAAACUUGAAUUUGUUGCGUUCGCUGAAGAAUCACAGCCAGAAAAUCAACUUUCUGAUGAACUUCCUCCCCCAGAGCAGGAUUAGUUGCCUCCACAGCUCUUGCAGGUUCACAGCCUGCCUGCUCAGCUCCCAGAGAACAGCACACUGACCCCAGCUGUCAACAUUAGCUUUAGGAUAAAUUUCUAAGAAAAAAUAUUCUAGUCAGAAACUCAUAUAACUAUUCCUUAAUCCAUUUAUUUUCAUUCUAGUAUGAAAUUCAUAUAUUAACUUUUCUUUAAUCCAUUUAUUUUCAAGCACUUUAGCCAAACAUUUCUAAAAGCUUUCAAAUAGUGGCCUCUCUUUUCCCAGGGACCAUUGCCUUCAGCUGAAACCAAGUUAACUGAGCAGUGACUACAGUUUGAAAACACCACACAAUUCUCUGCUGUGUUUACAAACUGACCAAACAAACUGUGCUGUGUUAAGUCCAAAGCUAAAUGUUUGUUUUGGGGAAGUGGAAAUGUUUCUCUAUACAAUGAGCAAGCUGUUGACAAACAGUAAAAAAAAACCUCACCACAUUUUACAAAAAACAAAGGCCUUGACUGUUGUGCUGCUCCAUCCCCCCACACCCUCAGUGCUGCUGUUAGACUCCAGCUGGAGCAUCAACACAAGUGCAUCACUGCAAGCCCCAAAUGUAGGGCACGAAGCUGGAACCGGCAUCACUCGGAAGAAGGGAGUAACAAGUCAAUUCCACAAGGUCUGGGAAACUUGUCAGGAGUCUUUUUAAUAAGCAACAAUGAAAAGUUAAAGAAAUAAUUUAUGCCCUAGGUAACAAAACAGUUUAAGAAAAAGAAAUACUUCUUGAAAAAACUUCUGGUUUUUGUAUAAAGUGAAAAUUUGAACAUAUAA